UUUUCAAUUUCACAUUGUCAGUGGCACGUCAGUUUACGGCCGCCUAUCACUCAAGAUAAUUUCGAAUAGAACAUCAUGUAGUUCUGCAUAUAAUUCCAGCCGACUUGAAUAUUUAACAUUGUGUCUCAAUGCAUCGUGGCAAUUUUUAUGAAUAUGUGAGCACUAACUCAGAAAUGUAAACUAUAUCAAACUAUUACGAGGAAAAAUUCACAAGAAGUCUCAAAAAUCCGGAAAGCCAGAGGUUUUAGUACAUUAUUGUUCCGUUACAUUUUCGCACAUUGCAUUUGCUCCGUAACAAAAUAUUAAUAUGAUCAGCAUUAUCAUAUUGUUGCUCUUUUUCAUAAACCAGAGUUUAUGUCUCAGUAAGGGACCCGAGGAGUGCCCUUUCAAAGCUCGAAUAGGACAGCAAAAUUUUCCAUUGCCAGAUCUGCUAGCAAAUUUUAAAGUAGAAGCACAAAAUAUUCAUCUCCAGCCCGGAGAAUACUACCCAUUUUCUGAAACUCAAGCAAAUCCCGAUUCAGGCGCACAAAAAAUAAACUUGGGAGUACCCCAAGGAUGUCCUUUCAAGGCUCCAGAGGGCCAGAAAAAUCCUCCUGUGCCAGAAGGAGUAACAAAUUCCAACGUAGAAGCACAACAUAUUCCCCUCGAACUAGGAGAAAACUAUCCAUUACCUGACGCUGAAAUAAAUCCUAGUUCGGGAGCACAAAAAAUCGACUCUGCAGUGCCCCAUGGGUGUCCUUUCCAAGCUCAAAAAAACCAGGGAAACACUCCACAUCCAGAAGUGAGAGCAAGUUCCAGUGUGAAAGCACAAAAUUCUCACCCCUCACUCGGAGAAAACCACCCACCUCCCGCCGAAAAGGAGGAUUCCAACUCAGGAGCACACAAAAUUGAGCCUGAAGUACUUCAAGAAUGUCCUUUCAAGGCUCAAAUAGACCACCAAAAUCUUCCAUUUCCAGAAGUGGGAACAAGUCCUAAAAUGGGAGCACAAAAUAUUCAACUCAAUCUCGGGGAGAACCACCCCUCCUCCAACCUCGCAGAAACUUCUAAUCCAGGAGCACAGAAAAUCGUCGUCACCGGAAAGCAGGGCCCUCCGUUCUUCAACCUGGGAACAAGCACCAACGCGGAGCCCCUAAAAAUUGACGUGACCGGCGAGCAUAAAUUCACACCACCAGGACCGGAGGACCAGAGAGGCCCUUGUCCAGGGCUGAACGCUCUCGCCAACCACAACUACCUCCCACACAACGGCGUCGCGACCAUCCCGGAAUUCGUCGAGGCGACCAACACCGUCUUCGGGAUGGGCAGGGACCUAGGGACGCUCCUAGCCGUGUACGGCGCCGUCGUCAACGGGAAUCUAUACUCCUGGAGCAUCGGAGGACCCAGCAAAAGAGUCACCCUAGGGAGCCUCUUCAGUCAACCCCAGGGACUCUCUUUCAGCCAUAACAAAUUCGAGGGCGACGCUUCAGCGACCCGCGGUGACCUCUAUCAAUACGGAGAUGCCUCGAAGCUACAACUAUCGCAGUUCGGAGAUUUGUACGCAAUGACGAACGAAUCGUAUGAUACAGGCGUGAUGAACGCCUUCCUCACAAAAAGGCUCGCUCAAAGCAAGAGGGAGAACCCGUAUUUCUUCUUCGCCCCUAUCUCUGGACCUCUGGUCACAGUUGGCGCGUACCAAUUCGUAUAUAGAUUCAUGGGCAACAAAUCCAAAGAAUAUCCCGAAGGAAAACUCAACCGUGAGGUGCUGAAAUCCUUUUACGCUGUCGGCGGGACUGAUAAAAACCUCACUUACACCCCGGGCAACGAGCGUAUCCCUGAAAACUGGUACAGGUACCCGAAAGGUCAAGAGUACACUUUGAUUAGUUUUUUCAGGGAUUUGACUAAUGCGGCGUUGAGACAUCCGGAGAUCCUCGAGAUUGGCGGCAACACUGGCAAAGUCGACAGUUUCGUGGGGAUCGACAUCUCGAGACUAACGGGUGGCACAUACAAUGUGAACAGCCUUUUACAGGGCAACAAUUUAGCGUGUUACGCCUUUCAAAUGGCUCAGGAGACUAUGCCGGAUAUUUUCAAGGGGUUCUUCAGCGCUAUGAUUUCAGCGGUCCUGGCGGUCAUCAACACGGUUUUCAGCGCUGCAAGUCCCUCGCUUAGAUGCCCGCAGCUGUCGGACUAUAAUUCGUCGUUGCUCUUGAUAUAUCCAGGAUACACGGGGCUGCAAAAUGGAAGCUACGAAGCUCCACACCCACCACAACCGUAAAUCGACGAUGGCCAUACUUAUUGAAAGUGAUUUUUCUGUCAAGCAGGUUUCUGGUGUGAUCGAAGUGGCAUGCGUAAUAUUGCAUCGAUCGUGUCAAAAAUCUCGGCAGAUUUAGAAUUUUUAGCCGAAAAAAGGACGAUAGCUCCUGCAUAUGAGCCUUAAAAAAUCAUUCUAAACCGAAAAAAUCGGGAAAAUCUGGAGAAAUGAAGGCAGAAUCCUGUCCGGAAAAAAGUCUCGCAUUCGAUACAGUUAUCGAUUUCUGAAUCGAAUACGAAGUUUUUAUCAGACAGGAUUCUGCUUUCGUUCAGGUUUCAGUUGUCGAUUUCCGUAUGGAAUGGGAUGGUUUUUUUUUAAAUUCUGCUUUCAUUCCUCUAGAUCUUUGUAAUUUUUUUGUUUAGAAUGAUUCUUUAGGCUCAUACGCAGGGGUGUUCGUCCUCUUUUUGACUGAAAAUUCGUAACAUGCAGAGAUUUUUGACAUAAUCGAUUCAAUAUAUCGCAUGCCACUUCGACCAUACGUAAGAAACCUAGACGAAUCACCUUAAGAUAGAUUCUCAGCGUUUGCGCAGUGAUUUCUGGGUAUCGUGGAUAUAAUUAAACGUUUGAUCAUUGUGCGGGUAAUUUUAGAAAAAUUGAACACUCAACCGAUACGAUUCAGGGCACGGCCGAUGUAUCGUCGCUCCUCCGAUGUAAGAGCGUAUCUCUGGUUCCACAUGAGCCGUGGAAAGAAUAGAGUUAUAUGGAGAAUGGGGCUCACGUGGAAAUCGAGAUACGCUCUUACAUCAGAGGAGCGGCAAUGUUCCAAAUAUUAAUCAUUUACCUAAGUAGCUGAUUUUGAAGAAAAUCAACAAUUCAGUCUCCAUAUCAAUCAAUGAGGAAAGUCCGUACCAAAAAUCAUCUUCUAAAAGCUUUAAGUAUAGUCAGAGGUACCGGUUACAAUUUGCAGUCGGUUUCAAUGUACCGAUUUCAAUCGGAUAAUUAACCGGAAACAGCACUUCUAACUUCGUAAAAAGAUUCUGAGUACGAUUUUCGAGACGGACAUUCUAGAAACUAAAGUUUCGAUUUUUCUACAUUAAUCCACCCGAUUGUAAAAAUUUAGAUCAUAUUGAUCGAAUCCCCCAUUGCGCCAAAUCUGAUGGUGCUUUGACGUUGAUUCCAAACGUUCACGUAAUACUCAUCGCAGAAUCGGUUGAGGAAGUAACCGUAGCAAAAGUAAUCGAAAGGUGACAUGCAUGACACAUCCCAAAUAGCACAGAUUGUAAUAAGUAGCGAUUAAAUUGUAAAAAUAUUACAAUUCCACUGAGU